AUGGUAAGGAAGGCAUUGUUGAUUGGUUGCAAUUACCCUGGAACCACGGUGGAUCUCAACGGAUGUGUCAAUGAUGUCUACCAGAUGAAGAAAUGCCUUCUAGACCGCUAUGGCUUCUCGGAUGAUAAUAUCACUGUUCUCAUCGACACUGAUGAUUCCUGCACUCAACCAACCGGAAAAAACAUAUAUGAUGCCCUCACUCGCCUUGUUCAAUCAGCUGAACCUGGUGAUAUUCUCUUCAUCCACUACAGUGGUCAUGGCUCUCGAUUUCCGCUUGAAAUUGGUGAAGACGACGAAACUGGCUAUGACGAGUGCUUGGUGCCAUGCGACAUGAACUUCAUCUCAGAUGACGAUUUAAGGGAUAUUGUAGACCAAGUUCCAGAAGGUUGCAGCAUCACAAUUGUAUCGGAUUCGUGUCACAGCUGUGGUCUAAUUGGCGGAGCUAAAGAACAGAUAGGAGAGAGCACCGAGCGUCAUGAACAAUAUCAACGCAAUGGCUACGGCUAUGGUGGACCAAGAGGUCAGUACUAUGUGAAAUUUAAGGAUCGUGGAAUCCGUUUCCCCUCAGAAAUGCGUUACUAUAAUCUUUGGAGAGAGCAUGAGGAAGAGAAAGAUCAGAACGAGAUUGGAUAUUUCAGGCAUGGCCAUAUGAAGAGUAGAGCUUUGCCACUCCCCACUCUCAUAGACAUACUGAAUGAAAAAACUGGAAAACCCGACAUUGAUGUUGGGAAUCUGAGGUCAACCCUGUUCGAAGUCUUUGGAGACGAAGUAAGUCCCAAGGUGAAGAAGUUCAUGAAGGAGUACAACAUGAGGAAAGAAAACAAACCCCUGAAUUGCAUCAAUGGUGCAGCAGGAGCAUACCUGGGGAUGGUGGGAAGUAAAGCUCGAGAGCUUACGAAACUGACACGGAAGCUGGAGAUCAAGGCCGAUCUUUAUAAUGCAAAACACGCAUUAGCAACACAGGUAGUGGAAGGGGGAGUGGAUGGCACUGGCAAGCAACGACAUGAACUACUACCCAAAGGUGGGCUUCUGUUCAGUGGCUGCCAGACAUUCCAAAUUUCUGGCGAUGUGGUUCUUUCUGGAAAAGAUGAUGUUCCUUGCGGAGCUUUUAGCCAUGCAAUCCAGACCAUAAUUGCUGAAUCAGGUGGCCAAAUUACCAACCGGGAACUUGUUUUGAAGGCUACGAAAUUUCUCAAGAGCAAAGGUUUAGAUCAGCAACCUGGUCUCUACUGCAAUGAUGAUCAUGUUGAUGCUCCUUUUCUGUUCUGCCCAUCAAUCAUCUGAAACUAGUUUUUCAAGUUGCAGUUAUUGUUGAUUUUCAUGUUUAAUCAUCUCGUAAUGCUUCUUUUCUUCUC